CUCUCUCUCUCUCUCCGAUCCUGCCCACUAUUUGUCCAAAAACAGAAAAGCUCUGCUUCUCAUAAAACACCCCGUCGACCCCCCUCCGUAUCCGACUCUCUCGCCUGAAAACUGACCUACAGGCGGCUCAACCAUCACCCAGGGUUUCAAUUCUCACCAGCUCCUCAAAUGGAGGCAAUUGCUAGAAAACCUAGCUACAGUCUAUCAACUAGUGUUCCCCUGGAAAACCCACUUCGAAUCAUCCCUUAUUCAUCAUCACAAACACCCACCCAACAACCCCAUCCUCAACACCAGUUCCCAAAUCUUGAAAACCCAGAUGUGUCUCCAAUGGCUAGAAUUUUGUGUGAAAUUCUCACCAAGACCCCACCACAAGGCCUUGAGAAUGCCCUUUCAUCCACCCUAAUCAAACCUACGCCGGAAAUCGUAGAAGAAGUACUCAAUCUCUCCUUCAGGUCUCCCUCGGCUGCGGUGGUGUUUUUCCGGUGGGCAGGGAUGAUCCAGAAGCACUCUGCUAGUUGUUGGAACCUGAUGGUGGAUUUGCUAGGCAAGAAUGGUUUGUUUAAGUCGAUGUGGGACGUGAUCCGGUCGAUGAAGCAAGAAGGGGUGCUUUCAAUGGCGGCGUUUGUAUCAGCCUUCAGAGGUUAUUGUAGCUUGGAUAAGUUUAAUGAAGCUGUUAUGGCCUUCGAUUUGAUGGAGAGGUACGGAAUUCAGGCGGAUGUAGUGGCUGUGAACUCUCUGUUGAGUGCUAUUUGUCGAAAGGAUAAUGAAACGACGAAAGCGCUUGAGUUCUUCGAGCGAAUUAAGACUAGAAUUCCGCCUGAUGCUGACUCUUACAGCAUUCUGUUGGAAGGGUGGGAGAAGGAAGGGAACGUGGCCAAGGCGAAGAAAACGUUCGGCGAGAUGGUGAUUCGGGUUGGGUGGAGUCCGCAAAACGUGGCAGCUUACAAUGCAUUCUUGACAACUCUUGUUCGUGGGUCCCAGGUGGAUGAGGCAAUCAAGUUUCUUGAGAUUAUGAAGGGGAAGAACUGCUCUCCAGGUUUGAAAUUCUUCUCUGAUGCACUAGAUACUCUUAUUGAGCUAAAUGAUACAGCUCAUGUUGUGGUCUUGUGGGAUAUGAUGGCCAAUAGCAGAUUGUUACCGAAUUUGAGAAUGUUCAAUUCAAUAAUUACCUUGCUUUGUGACAACAAUGACAUCGAUGGCGCCUUCGGUUUCCUUGAUAAGAUGGUCUUCUAUGGCGUUUUCCCUGAUUCUUUAACCUAUAACACAAUUUUCAAAUGUUUGAUCAAGAACAAGAAGGUUCGGGAAGCAGGUGGGUUUUUCUUCGAGAUGGUCAAGAAUGAAUGGCCUCCAACCCAUUCAAAUUGUGUUGUGGCCAUCAAGAUGUUCUUUGACGGGUAUGAUCCUCAGAUGGCGGGUGAGAUCUGGACCUAUAUGUUUAGGAAUCAUGUUCUGCCCCUUGAGGAGAGUUCGAAUGCAUUUCUUAUUGGACUUUGUGAAAUGGGCCGGCUGACAGAGUUGAGGAGGUUAGCAGAAAAAAUGCUUGAUAGAAAUAUAGGUAUAAAGGAAUCAACAAUGGCUAAGCUGAAACAUGCUUUCAAUAAGGAUGACAGAAGUACUACACGUGAUGCAUAUGAUAGUCUUAUAAGGAAGUGGAAGUCUUCCUAGAUGCUGCAGGUGAACUUGUUUUGAUGGGUUUUUGUAAAUUUUCUUAUAAGGAAGCAGUAGUAUGAGAGACUUUUUAGAUAUGUGUCAGCAAUAGGUGGAAACACUAUGAACACGAGCUAACUAUCUAGUUUAUAGUAAAUAAUUUGCUUUCUUCUCUGUACCUUUGCAUUGCAAUGUGCUAUAUAAUUUUUGUAGCUGUAUUCCUCCUCAGUCCUCACUAACCAUGCCCUUUUGGGUCUCAGUAUUGUUGAACACUUUUACCUAUGUUGUCCACAAAUUUGAAAUUUCAGGAUGCAAAAUGCAUCUUUUGCUUUCUAAAGGUGCAUAAGUGUUUUCCUUGAUUGCCUGCACAAUCCGUAUGGCUUUUGGGGCUUCACUCCUGAUCCCUUUAUGACCAUGGGUUAUUUGGUCCUCAACACCUACUCCUUUAGAUAGUACAAAAGCAUGACAAUUCCAUCUUAUCUUCUGUGGUCGGCACAGUGCUGAAGUGUUGAGUGACAGUUUUUUGUACGUUAUAAUUUUCACAAUGCAAACAAGUUAUUGUGACAUUGUAUUUUGAAACUUCUAGCUUAGACCAUAGCUGCUUCAUGAAGGCUGUGGGUUGAUAGCGACAUCACCAGGAAUCAGACAUGUGUUGUUCUGGAAGAGGCUACCAUGAUGCUUGGCGUAGUUGAUGUUCCCUCCCUUGAAACUUUGAGGUUUAAAAUAUUUGUACCAGAGGAUGGAUGAAAAGUUAUCUAGGGGAUCCUGUGGGAAACGAAGCUAUGAAAGCAGUGACAUGCUGGCAAUGUUCAUGACUUCAGCCUUGGAUGUUUAAUGUGUGUCGUCGUUGUUCCCCAGUACGUGUUUAUAAUAAAAAUCGGUAAUACGUAAAUGUGACAUAUGAGACAAACGUUUAGUUAUUAUUUUUUGUAUCUGAUGCUCA